GCAGAGUCGCUAGUAGUCGUUCUUUCUUGUACGAGUCGCACUCGACGUUUCACGUAGCACCUGCCGACCAGUGACGGCGUUCACGUGCUACGACGGCAGUUCAGUUUCAAUCGUGCGUACAUCGAGCUGAUCGUGUUGAUCGACAGUGGUGGAGAUAAUAACCGCCACUUUCGGUGCUUUCGAUCGACGUAAUUAGUGCGCUGUCACUGUCAUUUUUUUUUUUUUAAAGAUUGCUAACGUUCAACUCGAAAUAGUAAAUACUUGCCGAUUUCGCGGUAAGACGUUCAAAUAUCUCGAUAAUCGAAAACAUCUAGAUCUCGAUCGUCAAAAGCAUCGGGUCGCGCAAGUUUCGAUCUAUAUCGUGGUCGGCAGGAUAUUCGCGCGAGUUCUAAAUUGUUGCAUUCGCGCCACUACGAGCUACUACUACGCGCGUCGCGAUUGAUGAGUACGCUGUUCGAAGCGGGUUUUAAACGGAUCGAGUGGUGAUAAGACGAGGCUGACACAUCGUGUCGCGUCGGUACGCAGCGAAUCAUACGAUGAGCGACGGUAUAGUCGGUGCAAUUGCGAUCAGUUUGUUCGGCGGUGAGAAGAAACGUCGGCUCGGUAUGGAUGCUGGUUAUUCCGUUCUCAGUAGCGAUCUCGAAUCUUGCAGAAUGUAUGACCAGUAUUCCUAUAAGAGAAACGACAAUCUCGACUUAUCUUUAAACAUUCCGCAACAUCAUCAGACAUCGUAUCAUCACGACAGCUACAAUAUGUCUGACCAAACGUUUCAUACACCGAGUUUCGGUGAUGAGGAUUUUGAUAUACCAACUAUCCAUUCUCAUUCGCACCAACAACAACAGCAACAUCAACAACAGCAUCAACAACAUCAACAACAGCAUCAACAGCAUCAACAACAACAGCAUCAACAACAGCAUCAGCAACACGAGUCCAUGCAAGCAUAUGGUCAGCCACAGAUGAUGCAAGGUAACGGUAUGCAGCAAUCACCAGAUAAUCUGAAUCUGGAUAAUGGAUACCAACAGCAACUCUAUUUACAGCAAGAACAUUCGAUGCAACAAAUUAAUGUCAGUUCGGCAUAUGGCAACUCUCAAGAUUCAUAUGCAACAAUGAGCUCUUCACGUCAACAACAACACAGUGGCCAGCAAAUGUUAAUGUUGCAACAGCAACAACAGCAGCAACAGCAACAGCAGCAGCAAGUUCAAAUGCAACAUAUACAGUACAUGCAUUCCCAGCAGCAAAUGCAACAACAGCAGCAGCAGCAGCAACAACAACAACAACAACAACAACAACAACAACAAAUACAGUAUAGAAGCCCGACCGGAGGCAGUCCCACUGCUAUGCAAGUGAAUAAUAUCACGGAAACGAAUAACAAUACUACAACCAGUGAAGAUAGCGAUGACAGCACUCCACAUUCCGGGAUGAUUACAGUGAUCAAGCGUGAACCACCGUCGCCAGAAGCGGCCGAUGCUGGAGCGAAAAAUCAAAGGAAAACAAAAGCACAAAAGAAAAAAAAGAAAAGGGAUCCUAACGAACCACAAAAACCAGUAUCGGCAUAUGCUCUUUUCUUCAGAGACACUCAGGCAGUGAUUAAGGGUAAACAUCCAAAUGCCAGUUUUGGUGAAGUAUCCAAGAUUGUUGCAUCAAUGUGGGACGCAUUGGAUAUGGAGCAUAAAAAUUAUUAUAAAAAGAAAACCGAGGCAGCUAAGAAGGAAUAUCUGAAAGCUCUUGCGGCAUACAGAGCAUCACUAGUGAGCAAAGGAGCAGGGGAAAAUGAACAGAAGCAACAAGUACAACAACCACAACAGCAAAUGCAAUAUAGUGGAUACACAGGCUAUGCCAGCAACAAUGCGCCAGGAAAUGUAACGUAUCAAAUCUAUAGUCCCCAGCAUCAACCUUCGUCGCCUCAACAGCAACAGCAGCAGCAACAGCAGCAACAGCAACAGCAGCAGCAGCAACAGCAACAGCAGCAGCAGAUGGCUAUUAAUAAAAAAUCACCUCAUCAUUUAACGAUGCAAGGAAACCCACAACAACAGGGUUUAAUGGGCAAUGUAAUGGUACCACCACAUAUGACACAACAGCAACAGCAGCAUAUACAACAACAGAUCUCACAACAGCAAUAUAUGCAGGUACCACAGCAACAAGUACAGCAAGUGCAACAACAACAACAGCAACAAAUGAUACAUAUGAGUCCAUCUAGAGCUGAGUAUAUAAAAGAGGAUUUAUCGAUUAAAUCUGAAACAUUGUCGAGUUGUUCUUCGCCAGUGAAUGCCUCACAAGUGGCUAUGACAGGACAAGGACCAUCACCUUGUAUACAUCAAGGAUGCCCCAAUCCUGCUAUAUCUAAUAACGAAUGGGAAGACGAGUAUUGCAGUAAUGAAUGUGUGGUCAGCCAUUGCAGGUUUGCAGAUGUAUUUAACACAUGGGUAUCAUCAAAUCAAAAUCCUCAACAAAACUAUUCUACAGUUAAAUAAGUGUUUUACAAAAAAUGACAGCAUCAACUAAUGGCCUCACAAUAAUAAUGGCCCAUUAUUAAUUUGUAAAGUAAGAUAUUUAAAUAAAGAUAUAGAAAUAGAUAUUUAAACACACACACACAUAUAUACAUAUAUGUAUGUACAUAUGUAUGUAUGUAUAAACAGAAUAGGUCACUUAAACUUUAUGACAUAAAUUAUCUUUAUUAUGCAUGUAGUUACUGAAAAAUGUUUCCAAAAAAGUUUUAUAAUUUCAAAAGGAAAAUAUGAUAUAUGUCAACAGGUCUUUUUACGAUAUUUCAGGUCUUAUGCAAUUUUUAUAAUAUGUCAACAUUAUCUCCAUUUUUUUAAUAGGAUCAUAUAUAUUUUCGUAUAUAAAUCAAUUCUUUUCAUCAUUCUACACAUGAAAGAAUUAAGAUAAAAAUUAUCACUCUUCUAAUUAUUAAUUCAUUAAUAAUUCUAUCUUAAUUUUUUUAUCUGUAAAAUAUUAAGAAAAGUCGAUUUAUAUCAAUCGAUAUAUAAGACUAUAAGACAAAAAUAUAUGAUUUUAUUUAAAAAAUGAAAAUAAUGUUAAAAUAUCAAUAACAUUUAAAUCGCAUGAGAAAUCUGUUAUAUGCAUUAUAUUUCCCUCCUAAAACUAUGGAACUUUUAUUAAAAAUAUUUUUUGAUAACUAUAUAACAGAAAUAAUUUAACCAUAAAGUUAGGUGUCCCUAUCCUGUGUAUAUAAAUAUAUAGAUACAUGUUUGUAUAUGUAUGUAUUAUAUAUGCAUACAUGUAUAUAUAAGUUGGUUAAUGACAACUUUUUCAAGUGUCAAAGCUAUUUGUGCAAUGCAAAUACAACACUAAAGAGGUUGAUAGAUCAUAACAUACAAAUAUAUAGUAACAAUAUACAGAUGUUUUGUGCCGUACAUGCGUGCCAAUAAGCGAGCGAGCAAGAAAGAAAAAAAGAGAAGGAAAGAUUGAGGAAGAACGGAAGGGAAAUAAGGAGAAACAGAGAGAGAUGUGAAGUAAAAGUAAAAUAGUUUCUUCUUAGAAAGAAAACUUGAAAUGUAAAUUAUUGAAAAGCCUUAUUAAAAAACUUAUUACUCUGGCCAAUUACUCUGGUCCUUAUUUGUAACAAAUGUAUUGCAACUUGAGUAAUUUAUGAAUAAGUGCGUUUUACACACACACUUAUGUACACAUAUACACACAUCACACACAUACUUAUUAGAAAUCAGUGAUAACCAUCAUUUUUAUAUACUCAGAUACUCCUUACUAACAACCAAGGCGUGCCAAUUGUAUAGAUAUAUGUUUCUUUUUUAAUCUUGUACAGAUGAUGUCACAGUUUUCUAUAAUUCAUUGGCGAAAUAAACAGAUUAGUUUCUUAAAUAUAAUUAUCUCAAUUGUAUUUCUAAAUUCAUAAAAACCAUAAUUAUGACAUAAUCAACAAAUAAUAUAGUACAAGCAAAUGAAAGGAGCAUGACAGAUUUAAAUAAGUCUCUGCACUAUGUUCAAUGCAUUUUUUGUUCAUAAUAUGAGGGCAAUGACCAAAGGUGGAAGGAGAAUUUAUGUAGCAUAUUUUAUAUUAUGUGCCAUGGCCAGUAAUUUUUGUAUAUUUUAUUUUAAUACAUGAAGUUUUAAAAAAAUAUACACAUUUAUUUUUUAUUAGGCACAUAUAUAUUUUUAAUUGUUUGUAAUGAUUAUUUGUUUAACCAUCAACUGGCCAGCAAGUUUAUGCGGCUUUCUGCUGCAUUCUCUGUAAAAAUUGUACAAACUUUUUUUUUGAUUAUCUAAUAAUAUAUAUUGACCAUUUUUCCAAUAUAACCCCAAUUCAUUGCAUAUAUGAUAUAUUCUGAAGAUAAAUUUAUAGAUUCCCACACAUAUAUUUUGUGUGUUACAUUAUUAUAUUUUCUUUCUAUAAUAUAAUUAAAAUUAAUAUAAAUUUGAAUUAUUUUGCAUAGUAUAUUUCGAUCUCUAUGUUGUCCCUUCUACAAGAAAGUUUAUCAUUCCAUUUCAUCCAAAAUGGAAUACAAUCGACUGAUAAACAUGCGCAAAACAUCUAUAAUCAUAUAAUAACAUUCUCACACACACACACACAGAGAUGAAUAUUAUACUAUAAUACUUAUUAUUAAAAUCCAUUAUACACAGUUGUAGAAGUUAAGCACCAGGUAGCAAAAGUAAUCAUUUUGACAUCAAGUUACAUCAAAAUAAUUACAUUAAAUUAUAUCAAAAGGACUACUUUUAUUACCUGUAAUACAUUUUAGGCCUACAAAUAAAACAGAAUUUUAUUACAAUUUAUUUUUAUAUUGAUGUUAUAAAGAGCCAAUUCUUCAAUAAUGCAACACGGUUUUCAUAUGUAACAUUUCGUACAGCAAAAAAAUGUAAUAUCAGAACAGUCAAGACAACACAUAAAUACAAAUUCAAUAUUUUUUAAAAUGUAUAUUAAUGUUACAUCGUGAAAUCAUCUAUUUAGUUUAAUAGCAUCUGUUUUGUUAGUCAAAAAUAUGCUUCUUAUAAAUAUGAUUAAUUACUAUUGCAAUAAUUUAUUACAAAUAGUUUAUAUCAAUACAUAUAAAAAGAAAAAUUACUUUAAAGUUUUUAAAUAUACAAAAAAAAAAUUAUCUUGUGUUGUCAGGAAUCUCCUCGAAAUUUUUAUAUUAUUUUCAAGGAUAUGGAGAUUUGGUCAGUUGAGAAAACAACUAAAUAUUAUGCAAAAUACAUUUAUUGUUUUUGAAUUUGAUCGUCAAAAUUGAAUAAUUAUCUAAUUAAAAUCUUUGGUUGAAAUACAUUUGUAAUGUAGGCCUUCAAAUAAAAAUGAAUGAAUAUGAACAAUUUUUAUGUAUAAAGCAAAAAAUAUAUUCUUCCAUAUUAAAUUCAAUGAUAAUUUCGCGAUUUCUUACGCGAAUAUAUGAAUGCCUAUUAAGAUGAGACAUCUGUUAAUAAUUUAUCUGAACAAAUUGAUUUUGUUUCUUUUUUUUAUAUGAAUUAAUAGAUGUUUUUUUAUAUUCUUAAUUAUUGUUUAUAUAUAAUAUCCUUGUAAAUACACAAAUAUAUAUUCUAUAGGAUUAUAAGUUACAAUGUAAAAAAAAUAUAGAUAUUGUAUUAUAUUAAUAAUACAUCUUGUGGUAUAUUAAGAAAACAUAUGUUGUGUGUGUGUAUACGCGCAUACACGCGCAUGUAUGCAUGUGUGUACGUUGUUUGUAUGUAUGUAUAUGUACACAUAUAGAAUUAAAAGGAUAAUUACUUAAUCGCUUCAAUAAGAUAGAAUAUUAAUUACUUAAACAGUCCUUUUAGAUAAUGGGAUUGUAAAAUAUGUUUAUUGCGUUACUAGCGAAUAAACGUUGAGAAAUAUAGAAAAAUCCUCAAUUGUUUAUGCAUAUAGCACAGAAAUUUGCAUAGAGAUAUAAACAUAUAAUAUAUGAUAUGUUUCUAUUAUUAAAAACUUUGAUAUUA